AUGUCUGGAAAACAAGAACAAAUCAAUCUCGAUACCCUGGAGCCCCAGCAGCUCGCUCAAGUAAAGAAGCAACUCGAUGAAGAGCUCGAGCAUCUGACGACGUCGUUUGCGCAACUUCAUGCAGCCCAGAAUAAGUUCAAGGAUUGCCUCCGAUGCGUAAAGAGCAGGGCCGAUGCUCCUGAAGGAGCCAACUCUGUGCUAGUUCCCCUGACCAACUCACUGUACGUCCGUGGGGAAUUAUCAGAUGCCGAUACUGUACUGGUGGACAUAGGUACUGGUUUCUUGAUUGAGAAGAAACUCAAGUCCGCCGAAAAGUUUUACGAGUCCAAGGUCGAGGAGCUGGGGACCAACCUCAAAGAUCUCGAGGUUAUCGUGCAAAGAAAGCAGACAAAUGCACGAACAAUUGAAGAAGUUCUGAGACAAAAGAUAAUGGCUAGCCAAGGGCAGGAUGAACAACAGGCCUAG